GAGCUGUCCAAGAGCGCAGAGAGACGGAAAUUUAAAGAAACUUCAGCAAAGUCACGGCUUCAUUUACGUCCUCUUCUUUGAAGAAAAACCACCAUGGUGUUUUAUUUUCCAUGACUGAUGUGUGCAGCUGAUUGAUGUUUGCUGAAAAGAAGAACAGAUCCCAGGGAGUCAGAAAGCUCCAGAUGUGAUUCCCAUUUCGUUUUAGCGCCGUCCAGGAUUACCUGAGCCUCCAUGAGAAGUCCAAAGGUCCGCUGACCCAAGAAGCAUGGACCCCCGUCUUCAGGCAAACCCUCAGCUCCACUACGGGGUCAACGGGGGUGCUGCUCGAAUCACCAGACCUGGGGAUGAUGAUACUCUCCGAUUCCUGAGGCAAGAAGAGCGGGAGUGCCUCAAGUUCUUUGACAAGACUAUCGACUCACUAGAGGAGGAUCUGGAGGAUAACGACAAAAGGAACCGGCAGGUUCGGCCUCCUUUAAGCCCCAGUCGUCAUGUCUCAGAGGUUGAUGGACCCCCACCUUCAAGUUCCAGCACAGGAGCCAUGGUGGCCUCCCUUCUGGCCAGCUCGUCCAGCCCCAAAGACCAUGACAUCAUAGACCUUGUUCGACCGGAUCCAGACUUGGUGCAGACCAGGGAACUGGUCUUCAGUCCCACCAAUCCAGAUUUCCAAAGUAUGAUUCAGACCCCUGAAAGCCACUUUGAGAUAAAGCCAAGGCAUGAUCCCAUGGACAGCUUGCCUUCAGAGUACAACCCCCCUUUACCUAGUGGGAGCCUUGGGCCUACAGACAGCCACUCCUCUUACCACCCUCCAGGCUGUAUCCCCACUCCAGUUCUGAUUGCCCAGAAGAUUGCAGAGAACCAAGGAAGUGGACCCACAAACAUAAGUCCUGCUGCACUUCUCCGACGUUGCAGCCUGGAGUCUGAAAAACCACCAAGCCAAAGUGCAGAUCCCCUGGUCAAACAGGGUCCUCCUACCUCUGCAAAGCCUACCCGCUUCCCUGCAAACAUCAGCCUGGUCCACGGCAGCAAGGAGCACCAGAGUCAGUCCUUACCUAAUGUGAGCAUCAAUGAGAGACGGGCACAAAUGCUGGCAAAUCUAACAGGAACCUCGCACCCUCUGCUGCAGGAUGACAACCAGCAAGCCGCAGAUCAGAAGACUCGAAUUCCUCCCACUCGCAGCAUUUCCUUCAAAGAUCCCGCACCGGACAAAUCCAGGAUGGAGGCGCUGUCAAAGCUGGGCCUGAAUCGGGGCAGAGCCAUGUCUGGGGGUAUGUCAGUCCUUGUCGCUCCUGAUGGUACCACCCUACAUCCUCCAACAGAUGCAGUUGACACAAGUGCCAAACCUGUGGAGUUGACUGUACCCCCACCAACAGAAUCCAGCACUAAACUGCCAGAAGUAUAUGUGUCAACGCCGCAUCACAGCCAGAUUGAAGUUGACAGAAAGGCAGAGAUCGUGCGAACAGAUUCCAUUGGGAGCAAUGAACGAUUCCCCUCGCCUCCGCCAGCCAUUGAAAGCAGCUACUAUCCACCUCCUUUGGAAAUCAAGCCACCCAUAUCGCCUCCAGUUGAGGUGGUCACCUCACCAGAAUAUAACAGAUACGGCGGAAAAUCUAUUGUGAUCAACCCCUCCAUCUCCUCCAGGAGUGAACCUGCCGCAAUCUCUCCAACCAGCCCUGAACCUAAAGGCCUCCCACCGGCGCUGGCUAGUCCCACCGAGUUUAACGACUACGGAGGAAAGACCAAAGUCAUGAAUCCUACAGCCAUGCCCAGGAGUGACCUCCCUGACAUUCUCAGCUCCCAUAUCGACAAGAGUCGAAGCUUGCCGGCCAAAGUAGAGCCUUCACCUACAGAGCUCAACAGUUAUGGAGGGAAGACCCGAGUCAUCAACCCAUUGGUUGGGAUAAGCCCGGCAAAAAGUGUCAAAGCUCCUGCCCCAACCCCAGCGCCAAAACCUCCACGUCAUUCCUACCAUGGCGCUCUUGCGGCGCCGAAACCAGCGCAGAGAGGAUUCUCACCUGAAAGGCGAAGACCCAGCUCCAUGUUUAGACCUCAGAGCAUCACCGUGCAGUUUUCAGGAAAGGGGGCCAUGGACGAAUCCCGAAGGGCUGCAUUGAGGAAACUAGGACUGCUGAAAGACUCGUGAUAAACUCUUGGAAUCUUUUUUUCAGUCUCAGCAUGUUGAGACUGUAUUUCUUUUGUACUUGCUGGUCGAUGUAGUACACUAGAAGGUUCUACACUCAUGAGAACUACUUUUACCAAGGAAUGGAGUCUGUGGUAGACUUGCACAGUCAGUUUUCAUAUCCUGGCCAUAAAAAAACUGACAAACAAGUUGGACACGGUGCAGUUUUGACACUUUUGGAGGUAGAUUCGCAACUUUUUGUUGCCUCUGGUUCAAGAGCACCCUUGUAAAGAUAAACUGAGUGAAACUGAUGCCAUAAAAACAAGCUUUGUCUUUGCUACUGGGGGGAUCAGAUUACAUGUGAUCUUACCUUUGUCGAGCAAAGGACGCUAAUUGUGAGACUUUUAACUUCGAAAGGAGAAAUGCUGGAGGUAUUCUAUGUUUUUAUAGUCACCAGAUACAACAGAAAGACCACUCAUUCAUCUCACAGACUCUUGGAAAACCCUGCCCGUCUGCAGUAAAGUUAGGCACUGUAGAUUUGAACAGACAACUCAAACAGGAUUUAAAAGUCUACUUUUUGGGGACUAGUUUUGUAGACAUGCGUUAUUUGAGAAGGUGUUUCUGGUACUAGGACCAUGUCAUGUGCAAUUACGCAGAAACACACAACUAUAGGACUAAAAUUAGCUUUGAGAAAUUAGAUAGAGUAGCUAGAAUAAAUAUUAAGGGCAUUUUCACACCUAACCGGUUUGGUUCAAAGGAACUGAAGUCCAUUUACUUGUGCUGUGUUUAGAGCUGUCGGUAAUACUGUUGAGGACCAAAAAAAAAAAAACAUCCCAAGACCUCUUGAUAAGGUGGCUGCUUUUGUUCCAACUCUCUGGUGCGUUUUGUUCGUCUUAAGAACACCAACCAGCCUCAAUCCAAUCUAUCUGCGAGAAGCAUUGCAUUUAAACCAGCUACCAUAGCCAGUCCAGCAUGUGUUACAGACCGGACAGACCUGAUGGGUCUUCAGCGUUCGUUUGGAUGGAUGAGUAGGGCAUGGUUCAGAAGGAUUACGGUCUUGAUAAGUGCCUUCAGGGACUCAGUACAUCAGCAUGGUAGUUCUGAGCUCUGGUUUUGCCUCAUUUUCAAACAGUAUGGUUCUAGGUGAUAAAUGGAAACAAUACAAGAAGCGAGGACCAGAGCCAACGUUAGUCCAUGUGGUUGGUUGUCUAUUUUUAGACUGGAAAGUGUCUUCGGAGCUGUUGCAACCAGACAUGAGCCAAGUGGUCUAUGUUUACUUCUGGGAUCAUUCCUGCAAAAAAAUUGCAAAAUUUUUUAAAUCAAAACUUUUUUGUUUAGUGCCAAUUCAUAACCAACAUUAUCUUAAAAUACUUUACAAAGAGGGCAGGUCUGGACCGUAUUCAUUAUGUUAAGGAGAGACUGUCCUUGCACCUCAGAGCCAACCAUUCAUCAGUUUUCUCCACUGCUUUUCCCUUUUGGGGUCACGGGGGACUGGAGCCUGUCCCAGCUGUCAUUGGUGAGAGGCGGGGUCCACCCUCGGCUGGUCGCUGGUUAAUCACAGGGCUGAACUGAGCAUUGUUUCUGCAUGGUUUGAAAUAAAUCUGUGCUUUAAAUGGUCACAAACAAAUGCAGGCAUUGGGUUGUUGCAGAGGCAUCUGGGAAUGCAUGAAAGACAAUAUAUGGCUGGUUGUAGUGAAUGGAUUGACCGGGGGGGGGUCUUUGGAGCCCCCCAGCUUAGUUGCGCCCUUCAGCCCUUUAAGACUUUGAUCCAGCCUUGGUGUAAAUGUUCGUCUCAGAUGCAUAAGACUUUUUUUUUUUCAGCAUUUUAAAUAGAUUGAUUUACAGUUAAAGUAUGGAGAAGAAUUCAGACUGAAUGGUCAGUCAUGCUGAUCUGGAAGGCAAAAUUGUUUAUUUAAUCUUUAAAACAUGCAUCAGUUAGACACUAGGACUCCCACCUGGCAGUAGCAUGCCUCAGGGAGGUAUUCAGUGACUGGAAGCUAAGUAAAAGUACAGUUGUGUGUUCAUCUAUGAGUCCGAGUGGAGAGUUGUGCAAAGUUUGAAGACAAUCCCACGAGCAGUCUUGAGCUUUCCAGCUCACAAUAAUGACCCAGGCGAAGGGAGGACCGUAAUACCUCCAGCACCGGCUGUAAAAACCUAAAACAGACAUAUAAACAUGUUAUUUUUGUCUAGUUUAACUUAUAUAUUGUGUUUACUGUGUCACUUUCCUUCUAGCAGGUGAAAUUCAUGUUAACAUCAGGCUGUGAAGUUUUUCCUCUCUCCUUACAUGGGAAUCUUUAGGUUUUCACUGGUUCGUUUACAGACUUUGGGCAUUUUACUCAGUGGUGUGGGCUUUUUAGCACUUUUGGAGCAGGAACAAAAUGAAUAAUUUUCUAUAAAGCCUUUUUAUUACAUAUGAAACUUGUUUUAGUGGCUUAUAAAAAGCAAACAAAGCAUGAAAGACUGUUAAAGUGGCCGUCACGUCCUGUUUCAGUGAUUCUAGGAUCUAAUAUCUCUGUUUCCAUGGAAUCCGUUGUCCUGGAAUAACUCGGCUGCAGAUGUUACUGUGAAGAGAGCCUGGGGUUUUCUUGAAAAUCGUAUAUCUGAGCACAGCUGGAGGAUAUUUUUACUCCACGGACAAACCUCCCACACCAAACCACAGACUGUGGAAUAGGGUUUGUGGACAGGACUCGGCAGAGGGAAUACUUUAAAGCUGCUCUUUAGGGAUGGGCGAGCACAUGGCAUUGUAGAAAACAACAAGCACUAAAACCACCGAGUCUACAAAUACAUCCCAGUGGACAUGUGUGUUUAUAUUCUGUUGAUAACUUUGCUGUUUGUCUAUUUAACUGUAGAAGAAAUAGUGUGUGUCUCUGUAUGUCUGUGUACGGGCUGGGCAGCUCACGUAGUUUUAAGAUCAUUUCAUUCUAAACAAGAUUUAGGGUAAGGCAGAAUCAUAAAUAUCAACACACUGAUGUUGACUAAGAAGGAAGAUUAUCUGCCAGUCCUAAUGUUCAGUAAAGUUUACAGUAAAAACCACUAACAUAGCAUGUUUACUGACCAUAAGACUAUCUAAAAUAAUCAUACAUGUUUGGAUAAAGGGGGAUUCAUCAUUGCAUUUUUAAUCUAAUUUAGGAGCAUUUAUAUUAUUUGUAAAAGACAACUUGCUUGAUACCACGGUGACAAAAACAGAAGUCCUAGGCAUCCAAACAAGGCAAUAUUUUUCUUUAAGCCAUCAAAUAACUGCAUGCAAACUCCUGCACAAUGUCUUUAUUGCACAAAUCCAAUUGCAGCUUUUGCACAGACGUUGCAGGCUCUUAAAAUAAUUUAAAAAUGUCAAUGAAAAAUUGCAGGCAAACUCUUGCACAUGAUCUAAGCUGCAUUAACACAUUCCUGUAUGAGAGUUGUAGGCACUUUAAUAAGACAAUGACUUGCCUUGAAGCACCAAAAACUGCAGACAAACUAUUGCAGGCUAAAGAGGCUUACUGACUGCUACACUUUCAGAAAGAAAGGGCCUCUGAGGAACUCUGUGCUCUGACUGCAGGAAGUUAUUAUUUUUUAACUUUCAAAAACUGCAGGCAAACUUCUGCAAACUAUCUUAAUUGCAUAAAAACAUUGUCAGCUUUCCUGUGCAAAAGAUAAAUGCACAUAUGUAGGGUUAUUUCUUAUGAUUUAUUUCCAGACUUGCAGGCAAACCCCUGCUCACUGGCUUAAUUGCACAGAUAGAUUUGUAAAGGCAAGUCUAAGUGGUGUAGAUAAAACUUCUAGAAACCCAAUAUUGGGCAAUUUAUUGUUUUCAAUGAUUAAAAAUGGCAGGCAUUGUGUUUUAUAUGUUGGAAACUUUUUCACCAGUUCCACCAUCUUUCCAAAUGUUGCUCACAUAUUUCUACCAUUUAGGCUGUGCUUUCUUUCUCUCUUUAGGUGAAAAUAUGCCUGAAGAUCGUAAAGUUUCUGCACUGUAGGAUACAUCAUUUUUUUUCAUUUUCAGAAAUAUUGACGUGUGAAAAUGUUGGCAAUGUUUUUGCACAAUUUAGCCAAUGUGUAGGAACACGCCUGCAGUUUUUGGUGUCGAUGGCUUCUAAUUUUGUUGCUGUGGUAUAAAACAGGUUCCAAUGUGGUUUCAAUUUUACUGCAACUGUAACAAAUGUUUUAAAAAUAUUCAGAUUGAGAUUUGAUUACUGUCCCGUGUUGCCCGGCCCUACUGCGUCUCUAUGUUCUGUGUUUAAUCCAGACUCUGGUUCUCUGUAGUUCACCUACAGUCACUCUGAAGUUGAUCUGAUGUCACACAGGUAGAGGUUCUUCUCCUGUGUGAGUAUCUGUAUGAUUUUUGUUUACAGACUCCGGUUCUCUGUAGUUCAGCUACAGUCACUCUGAAGUAUUUAAAGGUGCAGAAUAUUACACCUAUCUGUAGAACAGCUUUCCUAUGAGGGCAUUUUUCUGCUAAAUGAGCAGAUGGAGGGGAAAAGGGAUGAAUAGUGGUACGACAG